AUGAAUCAUCUAGCGGAAUAUUACAGUGAUGAUGAAUCACCAUUUAGAAGAAAUUCUGAAGAACUUGGCCUGAACAACAGCGAUAAAGAGCAAAUAUCAGGUGGAAUAGGCAAGGAGGUUUCAGAGAAAGAGGAACGGCGAAAUUCGGAAUACUGGACAGAUGAAUCAGCGAAUGGAAGUUCGUCAUCGAACGCUGACUCGAGUGUCGAAUCUGAAAGUAGGAAGAGCGGAAACGUUAGUUCAUCGCAUCCACCUCCACCUAAAAAAGCACUGAUAUCACCUUCAGAACAUCUAGUGCAAAGUGAUUUUGAUGCAACAUUAUCACGACCACAGAAUCGAAAUCAACCUUUUGCUUCAAAAAGUGCGCUUUACAUUACGCAAAGUCAAACUUCACUGGUUUCAUAUGGUGAACAGGAAGAUGAGGAGGAUCAGUUCGCCAAAGCUGAUCGAAAAGCAGUUGCAAGGAAGCAAACAGAAGAGAAAGGGAGCUCAGAAUCAACAAAUCGAGAACCAAAACCACCACCAGGUCAUGAAGAUAGUCGUUCGCCGGAUGAAAUUGCUGUAGAUAGUGCGGUCGAAGAAGGUUUACGAGAACUUGAAAGACAACAUAUCGAUCAAAAUCUUGAUAGUUUAACACCAAAAUCAGCGGAAGGAAAUGAUAGUCCGCAGAUUCAUGAUGAACCUGUGGAAAUACGAUUGCCACCUUCACCGACCACAAAAUGCUCUACGGAACUUGAGGCACGGUUUCGAGGAUUUUUCGAAAAAAAGGCACAAGGAGCCGAUUUGAAUGCACUAAUACAAAAAAGGCGUGAUUUCAAAAAUCCAUCAAUGUACGAAAAAUUAAUUGAGAAAUUCGAAGUGGAUGAAUUGGGUUCAAAUUUCGCUCCGUCGGUUUUUGACCCACAUGGUUUUACAAAAGAUUGUUUCUAUGAUCAGAUUUCAAUACUCCAAAAGGAAGCUAUGGAGAAGUACAAUGCUACUGUUGAGAAGAAAACAAUAAGCGGAACUAUAUCUGCUAAAGGAACUGAAGCUAAACGGAAAUCACGUUUCGAAGGUGCCAAAAAGUGA